AUGACUGGUUGGCCUGCCUCUGUCGAAGAACACCUGCGUCCGUACAAACGACUCGAACACGAACUGGUGGUGGUAAAUGACUGCAUCUGCUGGGGCUCCCGGACAGUCAUACCCACGAAACACCGACAGGAAAUACUCGACUACCUGCAUGCCGCCCACAUGGGCGCGGGGAAGAUGAAGGGUGAGGCCCGGGGAUACUGCUGGUGGCCACACAUGGAUGCGGACAUUGAGCGCAUCUCGAAAGAGUGUCGCAUCUGUUCCGAGCGAGCGAAGGAAACCGCCAAGGUACCACUGUCGCAGUGGGAAAUCCCCGAUGCGCCAUGGAAACGGCUCCACAUGGAUUUCGCCGGUCCAUUCCACGGGACAAUGCUCCUGCUCAUCGUGGAUGCCAUGUCGAAGUGGCCGGAGGUAGUGCAGAUGAAGCACGCCACUUCCGACGGGGUUCUGGAAGCGCUACGGAACCUAUUCAGCCGUUACGGUGCGUGUACCGAAAUGGUGACGGACAACGGCACCCAGUUCACGUCGCAGGAGUUCGCCGACUUCUGCGCGGAACACGGCAUCCGACACCUUCGAACACCACCCGGCCAUCCACAAUCGAACGGCCAGGCUGAACGUUACGUUCAAACGUUCAAGGAUGGAAUCACGAAGCUGAUGGCGGACCGGAAGUCGCUGUCGGCCGCGCUCCGAGAAUUCCUUUUCCGGUACCGGAGCGCCCCCCACGCAACGACAGGGAAGUCUCCCGCAGAACUCUUCCUUGGCCGGAAGCUGCGUUCCCAGCUGGACUUGCUGGUGCCGGUCAUGCUGACCACGACGGAAAGCAACCGGCGGCGCUACCAGCAGAAUUUUGACAAGCGAACGAAGGCGAAGCAUUUCCAAGCCGGUGACUACGUGAUGGUGCGGGAUUACCGUCCGAGUCGUACAGUCGACUGGCAGAGAGGCCAGCUGGUCAAGCGGGAAGGUUCGCGCAUAUGGAUCGUGCUGGUUAACGAAACUGAACUGCGCAGACAUGAAAAUCAGAUGCGGCCGCGACAAUGGCUGCAUCCGGAUGAGCGCGCAAUACCGGCAGCACCCAAUGCACUGAAAAUGCGCGGUACACCGACUGCACCGACUGUACCUCAUCUACCCGAAGCACCGAGCGCACCGCCUGUCGCAUCAGCCCAUGCGCCUGCAGUUGUUGACGACCAACCUGAGAAGUUGGAACAGGAGCCGACGAAGCAGCUUCAGACGGCAGUGCCAGAAACUGCCGCUGCAAAAUCCGAAAAGCCGCAGGCGAACUCAGCAGUUCCACCUACGGCAAAAUCCAAACCGCCGAAGACGCGCGUCGCCAAAACCGACACCACUACUCAGCAGCAACCACAACCGGAAAUCCGAAAAAGCGGACGAGAGGUUAAGAAUCCGGAUCGUUUGAUUAUGGAUCCAAAAUUCGGGAAAUAA